GCGUAAAGUUUUUCUCGGUUUUUAAUCCGUGAUUUCGGCCAAUAGAUUCCCUCUGGAGCAGGCAACAUGGAGGAGAAGGCCGCCCAGUACCCGGUGCACGCGGUGUGCCGCAUCUGCCUGAAUCGCCUGCCGGAGGAUGGCGGCGGAGCGGGAUCCUUCGACCUGUUCCUGAUCCCCGGACUGGCCAAGAAGCUAUGUUUCUGCACUUCGUUGGCGGUGGAGCAGUCGGAUGGCUUUCCCAAGAGCUUGUGCACGCAGUGCUACACGCGGCUAGACGACCUGCAUGAGUUCCAGAAGCUGUGUGUCGACUCGGUGCAGAAGUUUCAGGACAUGGUGGCCAGAAACGUCUUUUGCCCGCCCGCCAGUUCGCAGAUCAAAACCUUCGAUGUCAUGAACGUGGCUGGGAACGAGCCCGAGUUGGUGGGCCAGGAGGAGGAGGACCGGAUCAACUUUGAUCCCCUGCUGGAUCACAAGAUGGAGCUCAUCGAGAACGAGGAGGAUGUGUUCAAGAUGCUGGAGCACGUGGACAAAGAGGCCGAGCAGGUGGAGAAGGAGGUGAAGCAGGACGAGAUGGAUGCAGCCGAUCUGAUGACGAUUUUCGCGUCGGAUUCCUCGGAGGAAGGCGGAGAAGACUUCGACCAAGACGUGGACUUUGAGCCCAACAGCAGCGAUGGCGACGACGAUGUUCCCUUGGCCCAGCGCCUGAGGGAGAAUUCCCGGCCAAAACCAAAGGCGAAGAGAGCCCAAGUCAAGGAAGAGGACGGGGAGUACCUAACGGGCUCCGAGGAGGAAGAGGGCGAGGAGGGGGAGAAGUCGAAGGGCAGGCGCCGGAGGAUUCCGCCCGGCGAACGCCAUCUGCACCGCAUCAUCGACUGCCACAUCUGCCAUCAGAAGUUCAAGAAGGCCAUCCGCUACGAGGAGCACAUGAAGCACCACAACGAUCUCCUGCCCUUCCAGUGCAAGGUGGAGACCUGCAGGAAAGGUUUCACCACCGCUGGCGGAUUGAGGCUGCACAUCGAUCACGCCCACACGGAGCUAUCCGAGGUGCACUCCUGCAGUGUCGAUGGCUGCGGCAAGACCUUCCCGCGCAUCCGCCUGCUCACCUUCCACAUGAAAAAGAUGCACGGCAUCACAAAGGCGGCGGCGCCGCCAAGGGAUUACCCCUGCUCCGAGUGCGAGAAGGUAUUCCGCUGCCCCAUGGCACUCAAGAAGCACAUGUACAAGCACGACGGCAAGGAGCUGCCGUUCCCCUGCAACAUCUGCGGCAAGCGGUUCGUGAUCAACAGUGCUUUAAAGGAUCACCUUAUGCGGCACGCGGGCAUCAAGAACUACGUGUGUCCCUACUGCGGGGUGGGGAAGACCACCAGGCAGGAGUGGAACACGCACAUUCUGACGCACACCCAGGAAAAGAAGUUCAAGUGCCACAUUUGCGAGCACGCCUCGCACAACAAGCAGAGUCUGGCGAACCACAUUAAGAUCGUGCACGAGAAGAUCAAGAACUAUGCCUGCCAGUACUGCGGGAAGACCUUUGGCAAGUCACAUGCCUGCAAGAUUCACGAGAUGACGCACACCGGGGAGAAGCGUUGCGAGUGCAAGGUCUGUGGCAAAAAGUUCCUCUAUCCCAAGAGCUUGACCAAACACUUGAAAACGCACGAGAAGAGAGUGCUCCGUGCCAUAGAGACCUAUCGCCAGCGCCAAGUGGAGAUGGGCGAAACGACUGGCGAUCAGUUGGACAAUCCCCCAGCUCCACCAGUUGAGGGCGUGACCAUUGAGCCCGUCAUGUCACAAAACGCCGCCGACGAAUUGCUCAAGGUGUGCGCCGAGUCCGUGGCCACCAUACCCAAAGAUCCACGCCGAGUCCAACGGGUGGACCUGGCCCAGUUGGCUGGCACCUCGGUGAAUCCCAUACCCUCGGUUUCAGUGCCCUCUUGGUCACCGCAGGUGAACUUCACCAAGAAGGAGGGCAAGCACAUCUGCCCCGGAUGUGGUCAGGGAUUCAACAACAUCGGAAACAUGAAGCGGCACUACAAGAUCAUCCACGAGAAGGUCAAGGACUUCGCCUGCCGUUUCUGCCCGAAGAGAUUCGCGAAGGCUCAGACGCUGAGGCAUCACGAGUGGAUUCAUACGGGCGAGAAGCCAUUCGAGUGCAAGACCUGCGGCACCCAUUUCCGCCAAGAAACGGCACUGAAGCGGCACCAGCGAACCCACGAAAACCGUCCGCCCGUGAUUUCGCCCAAGUUCUACGCCGCUCGCGAGGAACUGGAGGAGCAGGAGCGCAGCAAACGGGAGGCCAAGCGCCAAGCGGAUGCCAAGCGACGCGAGAUUGCCGAGGCGGCCAAGGAGCAGCUAUCCUCGCUGCACAAGCUCGAGAGCAGCGAUCGCAACCUUCACUCCUACGACGAGUACCAGGAGGCGGCGGCGGAGCGAGCAGCUGCAUCCGCGGAACUCCAGGCGCAGCAAUUUGAGGAGAACGAGGUGAAGCGACAGGCGGAUGAGGAGCGCAGGAAGAUCCAGGAGGCUGCCUACGUGCAGCUGCAGCGGCUGCAGCAUCAGCAGGAGAUUGACAAGGCGCAGAGCUCCUACGAUGGCUACUACGCACAGAAGGCGCAUGCCGACGGCACCAGCUUGGACGCCUUAAAAAUCGACCAUGUCUAAGAUUUUUGACCAGCGUUUAACGCCGUCAGAAGUGGAAAAGCAAUACCUUCAAAUCUUUGUGAGAAGCAGUGUUUAUAAGAUGGGUAUAACUUAGGCUUAAGCAUAAAGUACGUUUACAUCAAAUUCGAUCUAAAGUCCUUAAUCUUAGUACAAAUAAUACUGUACAUUAAUCAGGAGAACACAAAAUACAUAUGGGGAGCAGAUUUAAGUUAAAUUAAUAAGGACUAUAUUGAGAGGUUGCCAGGUCUUAUGAAAUUAUAACUUCGAAAGCAA